AUUUGAUAACCACAACCACACAGAUGAGUAAGAAAGUUAUCCAGAAUCUAAUCUCCUUUGCCUCCAACUCAUCUUUUCCUUUUACUAUAUUACCACAUCUCUGUUUCAAAAUAUCUUUCUAGCAUCGGCUGCUACCAAGCCUACAACCUUAACUUUGAUCCUUCCUGGUCACCAUGGCUUCGGCUACUUUCUCUGUGCCAAAACCAUCUCUUCAGGGUUUCACUGAGUUCUCAGGAUUGAGAAGCUCCUCUGCUUCUCUCCCCUUCGGCAAGAAACUCUCUUCCGAUGAGUUUGUCUCCGCCAUCACUUUCCAGACUUCUGCAAUGGGAAGCAGUGGUGGAUACAGGAAAGGUGUGACCGAGGCUAAACUAAAAGUAGCCAUCAAUGGCUUCGGUCGGAUCGGGAGGAACUUCUUGAGAUGCUGGCAUGGUCGUAAGGACUCUCCCUUUGAUGUCAUUGCCAUCAACGAUACCGGUGGUGUCAAGCAAGCUUCACAUCUCCUUAAAUACGACUCUACUCUUGGAAUCUUCGACGCGGAUGUGAAACCUUCCGGAGACGCUGCUCUCUCUGUUGAUGGAAAGAUCAUCAAGGUUGUGUCUAACCGCAACCCGUCUCUUCUUCCCUGGAAGGAGUUGGGAAUAGACAUAGUCAUUGAAGGAACAGGAGUGUUUGUGGAUAGAGAAGGUGCAGGGAAACACAUUGAAGCUGGAGCCAAGAAGGUUAUCAUUACAGCUCCAGGCAAAGGAGACAUCCCAACUUAUGUUGUUGGUGUCAACGCUGAUGCUUACAAUCCUGAUGAACCUAUCAUUAGCAAUGCAUCUUGCACUACUAACUGUCUUGCUCCCUUUGUCAAAGUUCUCGACCAAAAGUUCGGUAUCAUAAAGGGUACAAUGACAACAACUCACUCAUACACCGGUGACCAGAGGUUACUAGACGCUAGCCACCGUGAUCUAAGGAGAGCAAGAGCAGCUGCAUUAAACAUUGUUCCCACAUCUACAGGAGCAGCUAAAGCCGUGGCUCUCGUGCUCCCUAACCUCAAAGGAAAACUCAACGGAAUCGCUCUCCGUGUACCAACACCUAACGUGUCAGUGGUUGAUCUCGUUGUGCAGGUCACCAAGAAGACUUUCGCUGAGGAAAUUAACGCUGCUUUCAGAGACUCCGCAGAGAAAGAGCUUAAAGGUAUCCUUGAAGUCUGCGAUGAGCCGCUUGUGUCAGUUGAUUUCAGAUGUUCAGAUGUGUCGUCCACCAUUGAUUCUUCGCUCACUAUGGUGAUGGGAGAUGAUAUGGUUAAGGUGAUUGCUUGGUAUGAUAAUGAAUGGGGUUACUCACAGAGAGUUGUUGAUUUGGCGGACAUUGUUGCCAACAACUGGAAGUGAUUUGUAGCUUUUGAAACCAAAACUUGUCUCAUGUUUUCUCCUUUUUUUACAUUCUGAUUCUCAAAAUAUCGGUCAAGAGACUCAAGACUGUAUAAACUAUAGCCCUGAGUUAUGGAUUUGUAAUAAUGAUAAAACUCAAUUUAAACUUGUUUA